GUACGGUGACGAAGUUUGUUCGAUACGGAGCCAAGUGAAGAGAUAAAAUCGGGACGUAAGCCAACGCUUGAAAGCAAUUAUAGAAUCGGAUCCAAUUGAGAGGAGUCCGUAGAGGAUCGCAUUGCCCUUUUAGUUUUAUUUUAGCUUGGCUUCCCAAGGCAUCCAGUCCCACAUUCUCUGUCGAGGACCGCCGCCUAGGAGCCCAGUUAGUGAGUCUUUUCUUGACGAUUUUCAUACUUUUCGGUUGCAACAUCCUUCAGUAAGAAUCUUCCCCAUGAUAGUCUUUCCUUCUGGAGCCCAGGCAACGCUUGUUUAGCUGCUUGUACGCUCGGUAGCUCGGGCCGCUUAUUGCUUAUCGUUUAUCAUUUAGCAGCAGUAGUUAUAGUUUUUGAAACGAGUUCAAUAGUAGCGGUACCAAAAUGGAGGCGAUCAAGAAGAAAAUCGCGGCCCUGAAGAUGGAAAUGGAUGCAGCCAAUGAGAAGGUUGAGGCCAAUGAGGUGAAGGCCAAGCAGGAAAACUUACGCGCUGACAAGAUCUACGAUGAAGUACGCGACCUCGAGAAGAAGCUUGUCCAGAUGGAAAAGGAUUACACGGACUGCAAGAGUAGUCUCGAAACAUCAACGGCAGAACUCGAGCGGUGCGAAAAAGCUUAUACAAAGGCAGAGCAAGAUCGUACUUCUAUGACUAAAAGGGUUCAGGAGAUCGAGACGCAGCUAUUCAAAAAAGAGGAACUGCGACUCUCGGCGCAAACAAAACUCGGACGUGCUACCGAACUUAAUGACGACGCCAGAAGAAUGUGUAAGGUACUGGAAGAGAGAAGUAGACUUGAUGAGGAACGUAUGGAAAAACUGACUUCUGAACUGAAAGACGCGCGACUGCUUGCUGAGGAUGCGGAUACCAAAUCCGAAGAUAUUGCUAAAAAGCUGCAGUUUGUGGAGGAGGAGCUCGAAGCUGCUGAGGAGAGGGUCAAAACCAGCGAAGCGAAAAUCAUCGAACGCGAGGACGAGCUUUUUAUCGUUCAAAAUAUUGUCAAGUCUCUGGUGGUUUCCGAGGAAAAAGCAAACGCGCGUGUAGCGGAUAUGAAGGACCAAUUGAAGGAAUUAAAAAAGAAAUUAAAAGAGGCGGAAAAGCGCGCAAUCAUUGCUGAGAGAACGGUUAAAAAACUACUCAAAGAAGUUGAUUUCAAAGAAGAUGAAUUGCGAGAAGAAAAGGAAAAAUACAAAGCACUUUGCGACGAUUUAGACUCUACAUUUGCCGAACUCACAGGCUUCUAGAUAAAAAAUUGCUGACUUUUCGUACAACUCUUUCUAUUCCAUUCUAUGCCAAACUGUAAUCAUGCUUCAUGUACCAUAUGCCCCUUUUUGUUUUCAUAUAAUUCUAUUUUAUUUGGGCAUUACCGUUCUGAACCAUUACAUGAAAUAUAUGCUAUUUACUUAAUUGGCUAUUACCAUAUAUUAGCUUGCAGGCGGCUUUCUUGCACUGCUUGGCUUGAUUUGGCUUAACUUGGUUGUAUAAUAUAUAAUGCGAAACAAAGCUAUUAAGUGCUUGUCAGGUGUGCUCAAAUACUUUGACUUACUUUUAUGCUUAAUGAUAUUUGUUAUGUAUUUAAUUCUUGAUUUUCUUUUUUUGUUUUGUUCUCUGAAUUUUUCUAUUAAUUUU